CGUUUUAACUCAUUAUUAUCACACAACAAAAACAAGUACAAAAAUUUCAGUUAAAGUUAUAGUUAUUGAUUUUCCCAGUCGAUCCGAAAUUGAGCGUAAAACCCAGCAAAUCAGCUGUUCGGCGGCUACGACAACAAAACAAUUAUAUACCGCCGCAGCCGCAACAAAAAAAAAAAAAAAAAACAAAAAGCAACUGCGCCGCGAUAAAAUUGUUUGCCAAUAAGAAUCGGGCUUAGUGCGAGGUGGCAUCCGAAAGAUACAGGAACGUGGCUGCAGCUGCACCAGGAAAAUACCAUGGUUUUCUUCAAGUUCUUGAAGAGCAAACUGUAACGUAUAUAUAUACAAAAACACAACAGAUCGAAAAAGAUACGAAAGAUACAAAGUCAGAUACUACACAACCCGCGGGAAUAACAAUAUGCGCGAAAUUCAGGCCUCCCAAUUUAUGACGAAGACAAAUCGUUUGGUGGUUUUACGGCAUGGCGAAAGUGAUUUUAAUAUAGAGAACAAAUUCUGUGGCUGGCACGAUGCGCCAUUAAGCGAGUUUGGCAUCCAGGAGGCUUUGACGGUGGCGAUUCCCGCACUUGAACAGUCGCAGCUAGAAUUCGACGUGGUCUAUUCAUCCGUAUUAAGCAGAUCCCGGCAAACUGCCGAGUUGGUCCUCUGCAAAUUGAACUGUGCCUAUGUGCCAAUAAAAGAAGACUGGCGGCUGUGCGAACGGCACUACGGAGAUCUGACUGGUUACAAGAAGCGUAAGAUAGCCGAUCGCUAUGGGGAGCAGCAGGUUCAGGCCUGGAGACGAGGAUACGACUGCGUUCCACCGCCCAUCGAGGAGAGCAACCGCUACUACUACACCAUCUGCAGCAAUCCCAUAUUCGAUGAUGUUCCCCCCGGAAAGUUCCCGCUCUCGGAAUCCCUGCACAUGUGCGUCGACCGGGUGGAGCCCGCCUGGAAUGAGGUGAAGCAGGAGGUGCUCAAGGGCUCCCGGGUGCUGAUGUGCGUCCACGGAACUGUGGCCCGCGCCCUCGUUCAGCACAUCGAAGGAAUCUCCAACGAGGCCAUUGAAAAGGUCAACAUUCCGAACUGCGUGCCACGCGUCUACGAGUUCGACUUAAAUUCGGGAGGCUUGAUUGGCUCCGCCAUCAACCUGGGCGACCAGGAAUAUAUCAGGCGGAAAACUGCCCAGGUGGCAGCCAUUGGCGACUGAUUGUGGAGAACUCCAUUCGACUUUUGUGAGAUUGAACCCCGAUAUAAUAUAAAUGUGCCCUUAACUUGAGCCCCAUUUGCAAAAUUGUUUGCCUUUGCUGCUUUAAGUCCGAGGAAUUCGGCUGUUAAGGACAUUAUAACUUUAAUUUAUUUGUCUAAAAACCAUCUGAUAUUUCGGCCAAAAAUAUACAAUUUAUACAACUAAAAA